CACGUGCUCGGAGUUUUAAAGAAGUAUUGAGGAUGCGUUUGGAGAAAUGUGUGUCACUAGGGCACGAGGCACUCCCCCGGGGUCACAUGGUCCCGUUUUCAGCCGCGUGCGGGCAAGACUGCGCGUCCUCGUUCUGUUUGCAGGGAUGAGAGAGAGAGAGACUGUGAGCAGCAAAAGCGGGCCGAUUUGGGUACUGCGGCUCAGAGCGACAAGGAUAUAGAGAGUGACAACACAGCACGCUCUUUUCUUUUCACACAUUCAUUCCUCUGUGAGAUGAUCAUCAUUACGCACGGACUCGCGCGCUACUGAGGCUCAGGUUCAUUUUCAUCAACCGUAUUUACCUGUUACUGGAUGCAACGAAGUUCGAUUGCAGCUACUACAACUGAUAAACAAAGAAUGGUCUCGUUAUUGCAAUAAUUUGAGUUGCGUUUAUAAGCUGCCUAGUCAGACACCCUUCCGACAGGAGACGAAGUUUGGAAAGAAGGGCUUUUCUGAAAAGCAACUGUAGUUUGAACUUGACUCAGUAUGACGACAGCCAUGGACACAAAUAACAAUACAGGGGGCGUGAUCUCCUACAUCGGCUCCUGCGGAGGCUCUCCCAACCGGACCAGCCCGCUGUCCAUGUACAGCGACAACUCCAACUCCAGCCUGCAGUCGCUCUCCCAGCCCUGCUUCGGCACGUCCUGCUUCCCCCCGUCGCCCAGCGGCUCCCAGGGCUCCUCCAGCCACGCCUUCCCCGGCAGCGGCAGCUUCGGCUCGGGCUCAGCGGCCGAGGACGCCGCCUCCUCUUCCUCCAGCUCCGGGGGGUCGCCGCGACGACGGGAGGACGCCAACUCCUUCCGCUCCUCCCCGAGCAAGUCGGUGGCCAGCCUUACUAAACUGAACGGAAUGGUGCUGCUGUGUAAAGUGUGCGGAGACGUGGCCUCUGGCUUCCACUAUGGUGUGCACGCCUGCGAGGGCUGCAAGGGUUUCUUCCGUCGCAGCAUCCAGCAGAACAUCCAGUACAAGAAGUGCCUGAAGAACGAGACGUGCACCAUCAUGAGGAUCAACCGCAACCGCUGCCAGCAGUGCCGCUUCAAGAAGUGUCUGUCUGUGGGAAUGUCCCGAGAUGCCGUCCGUUUCGGCCGCAUCCCCAAACGGGAAAAGCAGCGCAUGCUGGCCGAGAUGCAGAGCGCCAUGAACAACAUGGUCAACAACCAGCUGCAGAGCGACUUCCAGCUGGCCAGCCUCACCUCCAGCUCCCCGGCCUCCACCCACCCCGCCUCCUCCUCCUCCCCCUGCCCAGGCCUGACCCUGGCCCCCCAGCCUCAGCCCCCCGCCCUGCCACAGGACCCUUCCCCCUCUCCCCCGGCCCCCGCCUCCUCUCCCCUCGCUUCCCCGGCCCAGAGCCCUCUCCUCUGCCCGCCCAGCCCCGGCGUGGACGGCACCAUCACCGCCAUCGCCCGGGCGCACCGCGAGACCUUCGUCUACGCCCACGACAAACUGGCCAAGCCCACCGGGCGGCAACACAACGGCGAGCAGGACAACUGGGGGCCCAACCACUGCCCUGCCGGUUACCACGUCAACGGCCUCAACACCAUCUAUCACCACAACAACAACGUGACCCAGCACCAUCGCCAAGGUUACGAGGCGACACCAGACAACGGCCGACCCUCCCCGGCGUCGAGCUGCCAGCCGGGUCACAACAACGGGAGGCGGAGCCACAACAGUAACCUGAUGAGCGGGCACCAGGGUCCUGAGCCUGCUAGUGCUCACCAGGGCCAAAACUGCCCGUGGAAAAACCGCAAGGACAUCCUUCUGGCAUGUCCCAUGAACAUGUGCCCCCAGGUCGACCCCAACAAGACACCUCAGGAGAUCUGGGAGGACUUCUCGCUCAGCUUCACGCCGGCGGUGAGGGAGGUGGUGGAGUUCGCCAAGUUCAUCCCCGGGUUCAGCGUGCUCUCCCAGCACGACCAGGUCACCCUGCUGAAGGCCGGCACCUUUGAGGUGCUGAUGGUGCGCUUCGCCUCCCUGUUCAACGUCCAUGACCACACGGUCACGUUCAUCUCUGGCGCCACCUACAGUCUGGAGGCCCUGCGGGCCAUGGGCAUGGGCACCCUGCUGGGCACCAUGUUUGACUUCAGCGAGAAGCUGAGCUCUCUGGAGCUCACAGCCGAGGAGCUGGGCCUGUUCACGGCCGUGGUGCUGGUGUCUGCAGAUCGCUCAGGCAUCGAGGACGUGGACUCGUUGGAGAGGCUCCAGGAGAGUCUGAUCCGGGCGCUGCGUGCCCUGGUCUGCCAGAGCGCCCCCGGGGACGCCACGCGCUUCACCAAGCUGCUGCUGAAGCUGCCCGACCUGCGCACGCUCAACAGCAUGCACUCGGAGAAGCUGCUCUCCUUCCGCAUCGACGCGUGAGGGCGGCGCGUGAGGGCGACGCGUGAGGGCGACGCG